UGUUCAUCUUUACGAAGGCAGGAGUAGAAUUGGGUGACGGCGCAUGGAGAUAAAGCUUUUAUCUCCAUGAUUGGGGGAGCAUAUGGAGAUACCUUCAGACUAAAGUACUCGGCCACAAUCAUCAACAAACAUGGCAGACUUCAACGGACCGGUUCCCAAUCCCCCGGAAGAGCGCAGCAAGCGCUGGUUCAGCGAGGACGUGCCCGAGAUCAGCCCACGCACGAGAGAAGUGUUGGAGGAGUACAGCAAGAUCCCGCCAGAGGAAAUCAACGCGCACGUCACAGACAUUCGCGACAAAGCGUGGGCCAUCCACAACUACCCCUGCAUCGGCUCCUGGCGCUUCCUCGACCUCGCCCUCGGCCAACACGCCCUGUACCCCGAAGUGCUCGAGCGCAUGCUUACCGGCUCGCAAAUCUACCUCGACCUCGGCUGUGCUUUUGGGCAAGACAUUCGGCGCCUCGUGGCCGACGGGGUGGACAGCGGCAACUGCUACGGCGCCGAUUUGCAGCUCGACUUUAUCAAUCUGGGCUAUGAGCUUUUCCGCGAUCGCGACACGCUCAAGACGGAGUUCAUUGCUGCGAAUGUUUUUGAGGCGGAGAGUGGGUUGGAUAGGCUUGAUGGGCGGGUUGACGUUGUUGGUGCUUCUUCUUUCUUUCAUUUGUUUAACUGGGAUGAGCAGGUUCAUAUUGGUAAGCGGGUGGUGAGGUUGCUGCGGCCGAGGAAGGGCAGUCUCUUACUUGGACGGCAAGUGGGCAAUGAGAAGGCUGGUGAUGUUCCGCGUAGGGCUGGCACGGGCAGCAGAUUCCGACACGACGGACAGAGCUGGCAAAGACUGUGGGACCAGAUCGGCCAAGAAGUCGGAGCGUCGUUCGAAACGUCCUGGAGUGGGAAGCCCAUGGUCACCGAUCAUCAUGAGCAGGGCGCUUUGAUGACCGAAAUCAGCGUACGGAGGCUAUGAAAGCUGCAACUCUCCCAUCCAAUCUUCGCCACCAUCCGCCGAUCUUGCGG